CCAUGGCCGGAAUUCAAGGAGCCAUGAUAGAUUCAUUUCCGAUUUCUGUGAGCGCUACUCGGGGCCGCGGCAUAUAUGGGGCUCCUUGCUUUGAAGAAAGGUACACAACUGAUAAAGUAUAGUAGGAAGGGGAAGCCAAAGUUGUGCCUUUUCAGACUUUCUCAGGAUGAGAAGACACUGAUCUGGUACUCACAUGGUUCAGAGAGGAAUCUAACCCUAGCUUCAGUUUCAAAAAUUAUUCCUGGGCAGAGAACACCUGUAUUUAAAAGAUUCCUUCGUCCAGAGAAAGACUACUUAUCUUUUUCCCUUAUCUACAACAACGGUGAAAGGUCGCUUGAUCUGAUUUGCAAGGACAACGAGGAAGUAGAGGCUUGGAUUGCUGGGUUGACAGCCUUGAUCCCGACUGGCCAAGCUUGCAGUAGACGUACUCGGAGUGAUAUUUCAGAUUUACACGAUUGUGGGUAUCCAUUUGGUGCAACAUUAGAGUUCACAUCUAGCAUUAGUCGAGACCGGAUCUCAACUGACUCCAGUUCACGCGAAACUUCUUUAUAUUUUCCAAGUUCAGAUGUUGGAUCAGAACGAUCAAAGAUGCAAGUAAGAGGCGGAGAUGGUUUUCGUAUUAGUGUCUCAAGCACUCCAAGUUGUUCAAGUGGAGGUUCUGGGGCAGAUGACAUAGAAUCUUUAGGUGAUGUUUAUCUUUGGGGGGAGGUUUGGUCUGACGGAACGGAAAUAGAUGCAUGUGGCAAUCCAAUUCCUAUAAAACAGGACAUUCUGACUCCUAAACCAUUGGAAUCCAAUGUGGUCAUUGAUGUUCACCAAAUUGCAUGUGGGGUUAGGCAUAUCGCCCUUGUCACGAGGCAAGGUGAGGUUUUUACGUGGGGAGAGGAAGCUGGAGGCCGGCUUGGCCAUGGAGUUGAAAAGGACUUUAGCCGGCCUCACCUGGUUGAGUUUCUGGCAGUUACGAGUGUUGAUUUUGUUGCGUGUGGUGAGCAUCACACUUGUGCAGUGUCCCAAUCCGGCGACUUAUACACAUGGGGCAAUGGCUCCCACAAUGCUGGGAUUCUUGGUCGGAGGACUGAUGUUAGUCAUUGGAUACCCAAGAGGGUUUCUGGGGCACUUGAAGGCCUUCAAGUUCUGUCUGUUGCGUGUGGAACGUGGCAUUUUGCUUUGGCUACUAUCAAUGGGAAACUAUUCACGUUUGGUGAUGGAACUUUUGGGGUCUUGGGGCAUGGUAACCGUGAAUCUGUUCCGUACCCAAAGGAAGUCCAGUCAUUGAAUGGGCUCAAAACGAUUAAAGUUGCAUGUGGCAUAUGGCACACUGUAGCAAUUGUUGAAGUCAAUAAUCAGUUUGGCACAACCAAUGCUGCCUCUAGAAAAUUAUUCACUUGGGGUGAUGGGGAUAAGAACCGGUUAGGUCAUGGAAACAAGGACCCCUAUCUAGUCCCUACUUGUGUAUCUGCUCUUAUAGACUAUAACAUCCACCAGAUAUCAUGUGGACAUAAUAUGACAAUUGCACUUACCACAUCAGGGCAUGUCUUCACAAUGGGUAGCAAUGCGUAUGGUCAGCUUGGGAAUCCGGAUUCUGAUGGGAAAGUACCAUGUCUCGUUCAGGACAAAUUGGUCGGCGAAUUUGUUGAGGAAAUAGCAUCUGGCGAUUUCCAUGUAGCUGUCUUGACUUCAAGAAGUGAGGUUUUCACGUGGGGAAGAGGUGCAAAUGGGAGAUUAGGCCAUGGUGAUUCUGAAGAUCGUAAUAUUCCCACUUUCGUUGAGGGGUUAAGAGACAGGCACGUGAAAAACAUUGCUUGCGGAUCGAAUUAUAGUGCAAGCAUUUGUAUUCACAAAUGGGUUUCCGGAGCAGAUCAGUCAGUUUGCACAGGUUGCCGGCAAGCAUUUGGUUUUACCCGAAAGCGACAUAACUGCUAUAACUGUGGGCUUGUUCAUUGUCAUGCUUGUAGUUCCAAAAAGGCUUUGAAAGCUGCAUUGGCUCCAACACCUGGGAAACCACACCGUGUUUGUGACUCGUGCUAUUUGAAACUAAAAAAGGCUUCUGAGGGGCAACCCUCACAUCAUUACACAAAAAUGACCGUUCCGUCUCGGCAGUUAGAUAGCGGCAGUAGAUCAGAUAGGCCGGAAGCUUCUAGGACUUCAAGGAUUCUCUUGUCCCCCACGGUGGAGCCUGCCAAGUAUUUUGAGGUCAGAUCUACAAAGCCCGGAACCAAAACAGAUUCUUAUAAUCUCAUGAGAGCUUCUCAAGUGCCUUCACUUUUGCAACUGAAAGACAUUGCUUUCCCAAGCUCGUUUGGCUCUCUUCCGUAUGGUAUGAAGCCACCUUCACAUUCAUCUCUAUCUCAGCAAUCUCCAUCCACCUCCAGGCCUGUUUCACCAUACUCGUCAAGAAGACCGAGUUCUCCACGGUCACCAGCUCCUGUGGUUUCAAGAGGUGUCAUUGAUGGUCUUAAGGCGACAAACGAGUUUUUGAAUCAAGAAGUCAACAAGCUUCAAAUCCAGGUGAGAAAUAUAAAGCAGAAGAGUGAUCUUCAGGAUACAGAAAUUCAGAAAAUGAAGAAAAAUGCAGAGAAAGCUGCUUCGCUUGCUACAGAGAGAUUAUACAAGUGUAACACUGCAAUUGAAACUAUCAAAUCAAUUAAUGCUCAGUUGAAGGAGGUGAGAGAGAAGCUGCCUUCUGACAUUGCCGAAACGAUCCCCAUCAGCUCCAUCCAGGCACAAGUAGAGUCCUUUCUGAAUAACGUCGAGCCUGAAUCCUCGUUAGUCACUUCAACAGGAGAUGCUUCUGCUCAAGCAGAUGAUGGUUAUGGGAUUCCACCACAUGAAAGCAAUGGAUCCUCCAUUCAGGAGGGCAUACACCAUCAUCAAUCAGGGGCACCUAGAGUAGUAGCAAGUGUUGGACAAAUGGAGGUCACUGAACAAUUUGAACCAGGUGUCCAUGUAACGUUCCUUCGACUUUCCAGUGGUGCCAAGAUCUUCAAGCGAGUUAGAUUCAGUAGACGAAGGUUCAAAGAGCAGGAGGCAGAAGAAUGGCUGAAAGAAAACCGAGAGAGAAUGCUGAGGAAGUACAACACGCCGCUGCCUCGGGCAUCUCCAGAGUCCUCUGUCAGUAUUCCAACCGAAGAAAACAAAGAAAGCACAGCUUGACGUUCGUAUAGAGAUUAAACUAAUACUUUAAUUUUAACCCCAUUUGUUUUUUUUCUUUUCCCACUUAAACUAGGAUUUUAACUAAAGCUGGGAAGAAAUAGAGAGAAAUAAUAGCUAGAGAAAAUAUGGUGGGUUUUCUGUGUUGUUUGGGUUGGAGAGAAAUGGAGAAUAAAUGUAGGUGUUCCUC